GAUGAAGAGUAAGUCUUGUUCGAGAAUUUACUUAUGACCUGAGAGCCCCCAGUGAAUUUGCUCCUAAUUUGAUGCUUCUUCUCCCUCUCUGACGCUCUCCGCGGACUAGGUAUCGAGUUCACCGCCCCGAAACCCAGCCCCUGUCCAAUCUCUACUUGUAACCAAGGUUCAAACCUUAUUCCCGCUGACAGGUCCCUCCCGGCGGUAAGCCAGGCACCGCCGAACGAACGGAAACAUGCGGGCCUCCUUCGAAGAUAAUGCCUAUCGGUACCUGAUCUACAGCCUGCUUCUGCUGCUCGGCAGCUUUCGCCAAGCGCACGCUACGUAUUACCUCAACCAGGCCGACGGGUACGAUUCACUGCCGUCAUGUGCCGAGCAGCCCAUCAGCUCUAUUGUCCGAGACAUGGUGGCGGGGUGCGGUGACGGCGGGAAGACGACGUCGUAUAGCUGCUUCUGCACGGCGAGCUCCGACAGGUUUAGAGAGAUAAUUGCGACGUCGGUCGCGAAAAAUUGCGGGCGGUCUGGGGUCGAGGUUGAGAGUGCGACGAGCGUGUUUGAUGCAUAUUGUCAGAUGGAAAAGACUGACAAAGUCACUACUUCUGCGACGGAAUUGACCUCGACAUCCGCAACUGGAACGGCAUCUGCGGCGGACACCGCGUCCGCCUCACCAGUAAGCUCUGGUGGCCUCACGAGCGUUGCGUCACCGACGUCGUCUUCGUCACCGGCUGCGUCAAACCCUAAUAAUUCUGGCAUAUCCACAGGUGCGAUUGUUGCUGUGAGCGCUUGUACUUCUCUCGUGGCUAUUGCCCUGUGUGCUGCGGCCUUCUUCUUGUGGCGCCGGCGACAUAAGCGCUUGCGGCCGGGCCAAGAUGCACAGGGACAUGUUUAUGAAGUCAAUCAUCCGGGCGAAUUGGACGGCAGUCAAAUGACAACCCAUGGUGCGGAAGAGUACUAUGCCAAGCCGGAGCUGGAAGCGAGGAGUGCUGUGAGGGAGAUGCAUGUUGAGCCAAAAGCUAGGAGGCAUCAGUUGGCUGAGCUGCAGUAAGCUGCAUGUGUUGAUGUUUGGUGCUUGAGUGAAUAAAUGUUCCAAGUGAGUAAAACCAAUGCAACUACACUUAAUUAUUUGAAGCAUACCCGAGUAGACUCGAGCAAAAAUUACACAUGUGGUAUUGUAAAAUUCACUUGGUGCGUUAAAUUUGG